AUGCUAUAGACAGCAUGCCAUUGGCUGUGCAGCGGGAGGUGGGCCUGUCCAGAGUUAAACAUCUGGAAGUGCUUGCUGCUGCUGCUGCUGCUGCUCAGACUCUCUGUAACUCAGUCAGGUUGAGUGGAAUCCCACUGCAGAAGAGAAGAUGUCGUUCAUAAAAGUAGAUGCAACGUCUGAUUUCUCCUUCCACAACCUCCCAUAUGGAAUAUUCUCCACACCUGAUAAUGUCAAGCAUCGCAUCGGUGUUGCCAUUGGAGACCAGAUACUGGACCUGAGUGUGAUCUUGUCUUUGUUCCGAGGGCCUGUGAUGUCCAAACACCAGGAUGUCUUCGACCAGCCCACACUGAAUGCUUUCAUGGAUCUUGGUUAUGAGGCCUGGAGGGAGACCAGGAAGACCUUGCAAUUGUUGCUGUCAGCCAAUGAGAGCACGCUGAGAGAUGAUGUCAGCCUCCGGAGCAGAGCGUUUGUCCACCAGAGUGCAGCCACCAUGCACCUGCCUGCAGACAUCGGCGAUUACACCGACUUCUACUCCUCCAGAGAUCACGCCACCAACGUUGGCAUCAUGUUCCGCGGGAAGGAGAAUGCUCUGAUGCCAAACUGGCUGAGGCUCCCAGUGGGAUACCAUGGUAGAGCAUCAUCAGUGGUUGUUUCUGGGACGCCCAUUCGCCGCCCCUCAGGCCAGAUGAGACCUGACCAGACGAGACCUCCAGUGUUUGGCCACUCGAAGCAGUUGGACAUUGAGCUGGAGAUGGCCUUCUUUGUUGGGAGACGGACUCAGCUGGGGGAGCCAAUUCCCAUCAAUAAAGCCCACGAGCACAUUUUUGGCAUGGUGCUCAUGAACGACUGGAGCGCCAGGGACAUCCAGGCAUGGGAGUACGUUCCUCUGGGCCCUUUCCUGGGGAAGAACUUCGGGACAACCAUCUCACCCUGGGUGGUCCCCAUGGAGGCACUGUUACCCUUUGCACAGCCCAACACCCUCCAGGAUCCGGAGCCCCUCCCCUACCUGCAGCACCAGGAUGCUUACACGUUCAACAUUAACUUGUUUGUGUCACUAAAAGGACAGGACAUGGCUGAGGCAGCAACCAUCUGCAGGUCUAACUUUAAGUACAUGUACUGGACCAUGAAGCAGCAGCUCGCCCAUCACACAGUCAACGGCUGCAACGUCAGACCGGGAGACCUGCUGGCUUCUGGUACCAUCAGUGGACCUGAUCCAGAGAGUUUUGGCUCCAUGCUGGAGCUGUCGUGGAGGGGAUCAAAGAACAUCGAUCUGGGAGGCGGAGAAACCAGAACCUUCCUGAAGGAUGGAGAUGAAGUCACCAUCACAGGUUACUGUGAAGGAGAUGGAUACAGGGUGGGAUUCGGACCCUGUGUGGGGACCAUCCUCCCUGCCCUGCAGCACUGAAACACACUUACAGUACUGUUACAUAGUGUUUAUGUGAGCAUGGAUAGUGGAAGCUUUGACGUUCACUCUCCAUGAAUGAAGACGAGUGUUGAGCCUUUCUCAGAUUCAGCUGAUGCGGUCUCAGAGCUCUGUUGUUGUGCAGUUUUAUGGCCUUGUUAUUAACAUCCUCUGCAAUAUUCAUCCUGCAGAGGGAUUCUCCCACAUCACGUCACAGCGUUACUGUUGUACCAGGAUCAGUAUUAUUGAUGUUUUAUGUGUGUCGGCUCCUGAUUUAUAAUAAAAACAUCAAUUUUUAA